AUGAAGAGAAACCACGAACGAGUCAUGACAGCGAACGAGCACCCCCUUUUAUCAUUGGUCCCGGCGCAUGAACCAAGUAUGUCUGAUUCUCGACGACGUAGCCAACCCUCCUCGGGAUACUCUAGUCACGCAUCUACUGGUCUGGAGCCCAUACCAGCUGUAGUCAAGACACCAUCAAAGAAAUGGAGUUUUUCGAACGCUCUGAACAUUAGGUUAUCCGGCUCUCCCUCAACAGCCUCUGGGAGUCCCAAGUCUCCUCGAGCUGUGACAUUCGGACAACAGCUACGCAAAUCGACGUCGAAAGAUCAAGCUUUAUCGCCAGCUUCCGUAAUCGUCGGUAAUCCAUGGGAGCAGCCAGCCGCCAUGUCAUCUGCGGCUUCGUUGACCUCAAUGUCUUCUGUUGGAUCGGUCCGGAGUCCCGGCCUCCAUCCUCCGUCAACAUCCAAGACGCCAGACCGAGGGGCAGUGACGAGUCGCACUGGCACUGAUUCCAGUGCGAGCACUCAUAAUAUGACUCAAGGCGGACCACUCAGCCCUACGUCUUCCGUCCGGAGGAAUCCAUCUAAACGACUCACACCAUCGUCCAUACCUUUUUUCCGUCGCUCGUCUUCUCAGUCUAUGCAGGUUCCUAUCACAGCACCGAACCCGGCGUCUCCCACUCAGUCUACCAGCUACUCUACUGUUUCAGCGCGAAGCAAAGGAGAUAGUGACCACAAUCCGACCUCGACUUCUACUCCUGGCAAAAAAUCGUCAGUACUCUCGUUGCUCAAGUCUUCAUCGCGCCGGAGCUUGCAUGCCGACGCAAAGGAGGCGGCUCGAGAGAUGGAGAAGAUCAAAGAAGCAGAAAAGGAGAAAGAAAAGCACGCGAAACUCGAAAAACAGAAGAAGGACGAUAAGGACCGCAGCGAGAGUAGAAUAUCUGCGUUGAUGGGCAGGAAACGCGGCAAGACUCUGUCAUCAACGGACCCUCCAAGCCGGAAAAAUAAGUCACCAGUACAAUUACCUCCUCUCCAGAUAGCUGCGUUGGAGCCUGUCACAGCACAACGAGUUGCUCGCCUCAAAUCAACCUCCUCUGCUAGUUCCACACCUUCUUCGACACCAAGCAGUACCACGAGAACGGUUUCAAGCUCCAGAGUGACCUCGCAGACUGUCAGCUCAAUGCAGAAACAAUCUGAUAGCUCUCUCCGUUCACGGAAUCUGUUGCCUACCAUUGCGGGCUCACCGUCUGUUGGCACGAACGGCGUUGCUGCUGCCAAGGAAGCAAAAGAUGCACCUCCGUCUUCUCUCAGUACUUCUGUUUCCGGUCUUCCUAAGGAAACCCCGACCAAGAUUCCUCGCAUAUCGAGUAGGACCUCGACCGUUGGUUCCCCGAUGCAAAAGCCAAAUGCUCGUCGAGCUAGUGCCAGCAUCGCUGGAACAUCUUCGUCGACAAAUCCUUCACCAAUCGGUACCAACGAAUUUGGUGUGUUGGAAUCCGAGGACGGACAGGCCAAGACUGUUUCUGGGGCGAAUCGCAAUGCAUCGGUUAGGGCAUCCCCUGCAACUGUUUCAACGUCACGUGUCCCUCGACAAUCAGUUGGUCAACCGACAUCCUCCUCCAGUGUACUCCGAAAAUCAAACCGUGAUUCCAUCUCCUUUACGGGACUGAGAAAGUCGUCUACUAGUUCAAUUGCAACCUCAUCCACGACGCAAGCUGCCCCAGAAACAACGUCGCAUCAUCGAUUCUCCGCUCUUUCUCCCUCACGAGGUUUAAAGCUUCUCAGUCCCAAGAUUGGCCUGUCAUCCAAGCAUGCAUCGAAUUCAUCCUCGACCCAUAGCAUACAGCAAGUUGUCAGCUCACCCUCGUCAAGUCGGCAGUCGUUGUCAACACCAUCUCCUUCCCCAAGCUCCGUAGAUGACGAGGAAGUGCAGGGUGAUGAAGAGAUGAUGCAUUAUAUUCGUCGCCAGCAUGCUAAGAAGCUAGCGGCCGGGGCAAAUCAAGAAGAGCUGGACGAACUGUUACAGUUCCCUGAACCUUUGCCUCCAGGAACACCUGCAUCUCCUUCUGCUAUUCUCAAAGGCUCGCAGAACCAGUACCUCUCAGAAUACGAGCGCAAAGAAAUUCUCGACUACCCUUCUGUCUAUUGCAUUGGUGCAAAAAGCAACAAGAAGCCCGCCGUAUUAGACAAUUCGACGAAUAACUAUGGAUACGACGACGAACGCGGAGACUACUUGGUCGUAAACCGAGAUCACCUUGCCUACAGAUACGAAGUCAUUGACACGCUUGGGAAGGGCUCCUUUGGCCAAGUGCUACAUUGUCGAGACCAUUGCACAGGAGAGUCUGUUGCUAUCAAGAUCAUUCGAAACAAGAAGCGUUUCCACCACCAGGCCAUCGUGGAAAUCAAAAUUUUGGAUAAUCUUCGUAAAUGGGAUCCAGAAGAAAAACAUCAUGUUAUAAAAAUGACAGAGAACUUCUACUUCCGCGGUCACCUUUGCAUUGCAAUGGAGCUACUUAGUAUCAACCUCUACGAACUUAUCAAAGCCAACGGCUUUGUUGGGUUUACGACUACAUUAAUUCGCCGAUUCACUAGUCAGAUGCUACUUUCACUUUCCCUCAUGCGCCAUCACCGCAUUGUCCACUGUGAUCUCAAACCAGAGAACGUGUUGCUUAGGCAUCCUGCGAAGAGUGGCAUUAAGGUCAUCGAUUUCGGCAGCAGUUGUCUUGAGCACGAGAAAAUUUAUACCUAUAUUCAAAGUCGUUUUUAUCGCUCACCCGAAGUCAUUCUCGGUAUGAACUAUCAUAUGGCUAUCGAUAUGUGGAGUUUAGGCUGCAUUCUGGCGGAACUGUACACUGGGUUCCCCAUCUUCCCCGGGGAAAACGAACAGGAGCAGCUUUCUUGCAUCAUGGAGGUUCUCGGUGUGCCAGAUAAGGAGUUUGUUAACCGCAGUACUCGCAAAAAACUCUUCUUUGACCCUAAUGGCACUCCUCGAGUUGUGGUUAACUCGAAAGGGCGUCGACGACGGCCGGGAUCCAAGACGCUGGCCCAAGUUUUGCGCUGCAACGACGAAGACUUUGUUGAUUUUAUUGCGAAGUGCCUGGUUUGGGAUCCCGAACGCAGAAUCAAGCCACAAGCUGCUAUGCGACACCCAUUCAUGACGGCUGGGAAGCGUCCGAAAGCUUCACCAACUUCAACGACCCCCAAGGCAACUUCGUCGACAUUGGGCAGCAGUCGCACCAAAUCGCUAUUAGAGACCCCGAAAAAGUCGCUAAUCAGUGCUCCGACUCCCUUGACGGCAAGAACCACACGAACUACUGGGAAUAGUCUUCAAACGACACCAGGAAAUUCAUCGCAAUCUGCCACGCUUGGAAGUUCACGAACGUAUCGAACAACACAAAGUCAAACUUUGUCCAACUACCACUCAAGCCGGACAUUGAACGGCAUUGCUACGACCGCUGGAAAAUGA